AUGAGUUCAGGGAUGAUAGAGGAUAUGAUGAUUUCUCCUGAUCUAUCGCAAGACCCUACCCUAGGACGUGUACCUGACUGGCGGUGCCCCGCCUGCGGCAACAUAGGCGGCGUCUUUUUUCAGCUUCCUGAGAGGGUUGCAGAGGAUGCAAUGACUCUGGUGUAUGUAUGCACAAAGAGUGGUUGCGGUUACUCCGUUAAGCAAGAUGCAACACAAGAGAUAGACGGAGAUGCAGAGGACUCGCAAGAGGUCUUGGCCAGGAUAAAGUCAGCGCCGCUACCAGAUGUAAAGCCUCCACCGCCAGAGGAGCUAGAAGCACAGGCGCAGCCUGAAGGUGUGGUUUCUGAAGAAGGAAAAGGUGAAGGUAAGUGA